AUGAGAUUGUGACGGGAUAGACUGCCGUCGUGGAGAGGCAGAAAGUGAGGCGGGGCAUUGAACAUGCGGGCUGGGCCCGGCAGCGAACCCCUCCCCUGCCCACACCAGCAAACUGUACAUACCCGGACAGACCGACAGAACUGACAUGCGUGGAUCUCUGCCGAAACUUCGGCGGAGUCGUGGAGCGUGAAGUCUUCCAUGAGAAAUAAAAGGCAAAGACGGAGGUAAUGUAGGAGAGUAAAUCCGCAAAUACCAAAGGCUACUACUUCGUAAACUCCGUCAAUCUCCGGUUGGAUCUACGGAUAGCCUCAUUACCUCACCACUAUUUAAAUAGCACAAUACCUUGGUCUUAUAGUACUGCCGUUCAUCAAUCAACUUAGCGACCACGAAAACCAUGGGCCACACGAUCCAAGGAAAGCAGGUGGGAAACAUUGGCUACGGCCUUAUGGGCUUGACCUGGCGACCCAACAAACUCCCCGAUGAGGAAUGCUUCAAGGCGAUCAAGGCCGCCCUCGAAAGCGGCUGCAACUACAUGAAUGGCGGCGAGUUCUAUGGCCCGCCCGACAACAAUUCUCUAACCCUCCUCAACAAGUACUAUGAAAAGUACCCCGAGGACAAGGGCAGGAUUGUGCUCAAUAUCAAAGGCUGUGUCGGCGAGAACUUCGUCACCAACGCCUCACCUGCCGGCGUCAAGGCCAGCGUUGAGAAUUGCGUCCGCAUGAUCGGCGGCAAGGGCCGCAUCAACCAAUUCGAGCCGGCGCGCAAGGACAAGAAUGUUGACAUUGAAACCACCAUAGCGGCCCUGAAGGAGCAGGUCGACGCGGGUAACAUUAGAGGCAUCUCGUUGAGCGAAGUCAGUGCUGCGACCAUCCGCCGAGCCGCAAAGGUGGCCAAGGUUGAGUCAGUCGAGGUUGAGCUCUCACUGUGGUGCACUGAGCCGUUGGAGAACGGUGUGGCCAAAGCCUGUGCUGAGCUCGACAUUCCCAUCCUCGCAUACUCGCCCCUUGGCAGGGGAGCCUUGACUGGCAAGAUCAAGUCCCUGGAUGACAUCCCCGAGGGAGACUUUCGACGCAUGCUCCCGCGCUUCCAGCCGGAAAUGCUGAAGCACAACCUGGAACUCGUCAACCAUGUCGAGGCCAUGGCUGCCAAGAAAGGAUGCACGCCAGCUCAGAUCGCCAUCAACUGGGUGCUGGCAUUGUCGAGGCGGCCGGGAAUGCCCAAGAUCAUCCCCAUCCCCGGCGCGUCGAGCCCGGAGCGGGUAAGGGAGAAUGCGGUCGAGAUUGAGUUGACCGAGGAGGACAUGGCCGAGCUUGAUGGCAUUCUGUCAAAGUUCCGUCCCAUGGGGACCAGGUAUCACGCACAUGGGAUGGAGGCGUUGGAUACAAGCACCGAGUGAACCUGAGUUAGCAAGACGUGCCCGAUGGAAAAUGUUCGAUAAGCAGGAAAUAGAACCGACAGGUAUAUAAGAUAGGCGUUGAGAGGAGGUUAUACUAAUCGAUUUGGUUCUUCGAGUCAUUCACCAGGUGUUGAAUGAACCAAUGUGCGGCGAUACCCUCUACAAUGCAGCAGUGUACCGGUAGUUCGUAGGCUUCAAGUUGAGAUGGGAAGGUUCGACGUCAACAAUC